UAUUUAUUUUCCAACCAGGGUUCACUUUCUUCAACAGAAACCAGACGCUAAAACUCCUCCAUCAUGUAUUGCUUAUCCUCCUGCCAUUUCUCAACUGUUGCUUCUCUCACCAACAACUCUUCUUCUACUUCUCCUCAAACCGAAAAUCCUAGAAAUACCCAUUCACCUAAACCUAGAAUUCCCAGAAAAAAUAACUCGUAUCUGCAGAAACAGCUCCAACUUAUGGAGGUUGAAAGAGCCAUCGGUGCCGGCACUUUUCGUGACAAUGAACCCAGGGACUUAAAGGAGAAGCAGAAAAAGGUAGUGUUUUAUGGGAUUUUGCCAGAUUUUAGUGGUGUAUUUGAAGGAGCAGUCCAGAAGCAGCUUCGUGAGACGGGAGAGUGGCUUUCUGAACAUGCUGAGAAACCGCUUCAAUCCUCCAGAAAAGGAAUUCUGAUGGUGUUGAUUAAAUGGAUUCUUCCCAUAUGGACUUUCUCACUCCUGGUGGCUCUGGGAGCCAUAAAGCUUCCAUUCAUGGAUGAUCUCAUUUUGUGAACAUGUUUUUUUCAAGCAGAACCAGAGAUCGUCAGCCGGAUUCUGGCUCGAGAUGAGAUCAGAAUCUGAUCAAAUGUUCAAUCAAUUUUCCAGAAAAUUCGCUGGUGAGUGGAUUCAUCCAUGGCCAAAACUCAAUGUAGUUUUUUGUUUAUCUGUUAUUAAUGUAGCAUAUAUAUAGUUGACCUUGUUAAGAUUAUAUGCGCAUCUUGGUCGCAAAAAAUAAUAAAAUAAAUAUAAUUUAUCUUCUCUAA